UUUCUUUUUUCUUUUCUUUUCUUUUAUUUUUUAAAAUGACUUCCACUUAUCAUUCAGCUUUUCCAGCACUUUAUUCUACUGGAUUUAUGCAGCAAAAGCAAAGACAACAAACGGAAGUUGUACGUUCUUUAGCACCUCCUAAAUUUCCAAGUUAUUUGAAACAGACACUGUAUGGAAAACUCAUAUGGGAACAAUAUCAUCAAAGAAAACACGAAAAAGAACAAGAACAACAGCUUGAAACAUUGGAUUUACGUUUACCUACCUUUUGGAAUGCCAAAGACAAGUCGAAAAAUAUACAAGUAGGCAGUAAUGGAUUAGAUUUAUCUUAUAUUGGUCCUGGAAAGCAAGAGACCCAUGCUGCUUUAGCCAGAUCGAACUUCCCUAUGCGACCCCAAUGUGGCGUAUUUUAUUUUGAAAUGAGAGUGAUAUCCAAAGGAGAUGAUGGUUAUAUUGGCAUUGGGUUUUGUGCAGCUACCAAUAAAUUAGAGAGAUUGCCAGGUUGGGAUCCUGAUUCUUGGGGAUAUCAUGGUGAUGAUGGACACUCGUUUGCAGGAUCUGGCACAGGCAAAAACUAUGGACCUUGCUUCUCUACAGGGGAUGUCAUUGGCUGUGGUGUCAAUUUUGCAGACAGUUCAGCAUUCUAUACGAAAAAUGGCAAGUUUCUCGGGUAUGCAUUCACCAAGAUGAAUUUGAGUAAAGAUAUCUUUCCUGCUAUUGGGUUGCGUACACCGGGUGAACAAGUAACAGCUAAUUUUGGACAUGAGCCCUUUGUGUUUGAUAUUGACCAGUAUAUCAGGGACCAACGUAUGCAAUGGAUAGACGAAAUAACAGCAAAAGAAAAAACGACAAAGCCAGUCAUGGAUCAAUUGAUCUUGUCUUACCUGUUCCAUCAUGGAUAUACAGGGACUGGUAAAGCACUGAUGCAGAAUACGGGUCAUAUUUCAGGUCAACAGCUUAGUUUAUCGCCCACAGAUAACUCAAAAACCAAUGGACAGAAAGACAUGGAAGAGCGACAAUUGAUUCGAUCUGCUAUUAUACAUGGUAACAUUGACGAAGCUAUCAGACUGAUUCAUCUUUAUUUUCCUGGUGUCUUGCAAGAAGAAGGUCGAGGAAAAGAACUCCAGUUAUGGUUGAAAUGUGGUAAAUUUGUAGAAAUGAUGCGUGAUUAUUGCAACAUGUCAAGAAAAAUACAAGACGAGACACCAUUGCCACCACCACCAUCACCGCCAACCAAUGGGCGUAGACUUAGUUAUGCUGCUAUUGCUGCAUCUUUAUCACCCUCUAGUAGUUCUGAAUUACCUAAAGAAAUGACAGAAGUGGAUUAUAGAAGUACGGUCAAUGUAUGGGGCAAGAGACCCAUGGAGACCCAUGAGACAGUAGACACAAGCAGUGACGCUGCUCAGUCUCUUACACGAGUAAUGCAAUACGGAAAAACAUUACAAGAUGAGUACCGUCAUGAUACCCGAGAAAAAACAAGAGCCAGCCUUGUCGAAAUCUUUUCCCUGUUGGCUUAUCCUGAUCCUUACUGUAGUCCUGUGGCUUAUCUGAUGAAUAUGAGUAGAAGAGAUGCAUUAGCUACUGAAGUUAAUGCUGCUAUUUUAGCUUUUCAACAUCGUCCUGAAAUGCCUGCUAUGGAAAGAAUUUAUAGACAAGUCAUUCUAUGUAACAAAGAACUCGCUUGUUUAGGUCAUGGUCAAUCCUCUCUGAUCAAUAUAGAUGAAUACAGUGUGAAUCCAACUGAGAGGCAUCCAGAUUAUCAUUGAAAAUAAUAAAAAAGGAAGGGAGAGUCUCAUCCAAUCAAAUGUCGCUGUAUAGUGGCUUAAAUCAAGAAAAAGUAAGAAAAAAAACAUAAUUUUUUUUUCUCUCUCUCUCUCUC